AUGGGCAUAGUUUGUUUACAUGGCAGAGUUACAACAUCAAAUGAAGUUGUGAAUAGUCUCCAGACAAUGAUGUGCAAUGUGUCAAGACCUCAAGAUCAAGGUCUAGGCCCUAGAUCACCUUGGGUCAAGGCACUUGAGCCUAGACCUUCCUUAAGUCAAAGAAAUGCCAUGUUAAUUAAAAAUUUUCUUUGGGAUUUAUAA